GAGAUGCUACCCAAGGGACCAAGCUGGAAGUGUCAAAUUAUCUCAUCUCUCCAUCACACCACAAAAUCCAAUCUGACUUUUGGGAGGGAUCUGGUUAAAUGCCUGGAAGCCCUCUUCGGCAACUCCCUUUUCCAUGACAAGCUUGAUUUUGUCCCUCGUCGUGUGUACACAAUGGCAGCAUGGCUUACCCAUGUUUAUCCAGAGUGGCUGACAGGCAAUUCUACUUGGGAGUUCCAGAGUCAAGUACCCAGAAGCGCUACAAUUCUUGGCACAAUUCUUUCUUCUAACAAAACAAAUAUC